AUGGCAGAGGUCAGAGUGGACAGUCUGGAGUUUUUCAAGAGCCAUUGGACCGCCUGGCGGUACUUGGGAGUGGCUCAUCUUCGGGUCGAGAACUGGAAGAACCUAUACGUGUUUUACAGCAUCCUGUCGAAUCUUCUCGUCACCCUGUGCUACCCCGUUCACCUGGGAAUGUCCCUCUUUCGCAAUCGCACCCUCACCGAGGACAUCCUCAACCUGACCACAUUUGCGACCUGCACAGCCUGCUCGGUGAAGUGCCUGCUCUACGCCUACAACAUCAAGGAUGUGCUGGAGAUGGAGCGGCUGUUGAGGCUGUUGGAUGAGCGCGUCGUGGGUCCGGAGCAGCGCAGCAUCUACGGCCAGGUGAGGGUCCAGCUGCGGAAUGUGCUGUACGUCUUCAUCGGCAUCUACAUGCCGUGUGCCCUGUUCGCCGAGCUAUCCUUCCUGUUCAAGGAGGAGCGUGGUCUGAUGUACCCCGCCUGGUUUCCCUUCGACUGGCUGCACUCCACCAGGAACUACUACAUAGCGAACGCCUAUCAAAUUGUGGGCAUCACGUUCCAGCUCCUGCAGAACUAUGUGAGCGACUGCUUUCCGGCGGUGGUGCUGUGCCUGAUCUCAUCCCACAUCAAAAUGCUGUACAAGAGAUUCGAGAAGGUGGGCCUGGAUCCGGCCAGAGAUGCGGAGAAGGACCUGGAGGCCUGCAUCACCGAUCACAAGCAUAUUCUAGAACUUUUCCGACGCAUCGAGGCCUUCAUUUCCCUGCCCAUGCUAAUUCAGUUCACAGUGACCGCUUUAAAUGUGUGCAUCGGCAUAGCAGGCCUGGUGUUUUUCGUCAGCGAGCCCAUGGCACGGAUGUACUUCAUCUUCUACUCCCUGGCCAUGCCGCUGCAGAUCUUCCCGUCCUGCUUUUUCGGCACCGACAACGAGUACUGGUUCGGACGCCUCCACUACGCGGCCUUCAGCUGCAAUUGGCACACGAAGAACAGGAGCUUUAAGCGGAAAAUGAUGCUGUUCGUUGAGCAAUCGUUGAAGAAGAGCACCGCUGUGGCUGGCGGAAUGAUGCGUAUCCACCUGGACACGUUUUUUUCCACCCUAAAGGGUGCCUACUCCCUCUUCACCAUCAUUAUUCGGAUGAGAAAGUAGGAGUCCGGAUCUGUGAAAGGGUUUCA